CUCGCCGAGUCUCGCCGGCUGCAAAUGCUGCCUGGUCGGCCGCCGCUGAAGCGGGUGCGCCUUUACCCCGACCCACGUGCCCCGGCCGCGGCCGGUCCCUCGGCGCACAGCGCCGCGGGCCGCUCGGGCCGCGCCGAGGACAGCGCCGAAGCCCGCCGACGCCGCUCGCCUGCGCAGCGCCGCCGCUGCCCUGCGGCGGGGUGAGCGGCCGGCGGCUGCACUCGACGGCGCGGCGUCGUGUCGGGCGCUGCGGAGAGCGCGUGGCUGCUCCUCGAUCCCGACGAGGACAACGGAUCGCCGCUGCGCGGCUGGACCGCGUCUUGCGACGCCGCAUGCCGCCGGCUCAAGCCCGUCGAUCUACGUGCGGUGCGGCUGCAGUCCGAAGGCGGCGGCGGCGGCGGCGGCGGCGGCUCUGACGGCGCUCGGCGGCACCGUUGCCGACUACGCGGAGAUGCUCGAUGCGCUCGACGACGCGCUCGACGUCUCCUCGCCGCUGCGCGCCGACUCGCCGGUCUCGAUGCAGGUUCUCGUCGCCGCAGCGGCCGACCGUUCGCAGCUUCUCCUCAAGGCUGAGGCGCUCGACGACCUCGACGCAAUCAAAGAGAAGGUAGCGGACCGCACCGGCUGGCGCGAGCGGCGCGCCGCGCUGCUUCUCGCCGUCGGCCGGCACGGCGAGGCGGGCGAGGAGUACCUCGCGCUGCUGAAGCGCAACCCGGAGCACUUCGGGUGGCACGCGGGGCUGCAGGCGGCAGCCCACCCACUAGCGGCCACGCUGCAGACGGCGACCCCGACCGAGCGGUGGCUGAGCGCGGAGGUGACGGCGGAGGCGGAGGCGACGCUGGCCGCGCUGUACAGCAAGCUGCAGAAGGCCUACCCGAAGAGCCAGGCGUGCAUGCGGCUGCCGCCAGCGUGCAUGCGGCUGCCUCUCGACUUCACGCGCUCGCCGCCCGCCUUCGCCGCCGCCCUGGACGCGUACGCGCGCAGCUACGUGCGCAAGGGCGUGCCGUCGCUGUUCGCAGACCUGAAGCCGCUCUGCGCCGAGGGCGCGUGGUCGCGUGUGCUCUUCGGCGAGGUCGUGGCGGGGUGGGUGGGCGCGCUGGAGGCGACGGGCGCCUUCCCGGACACUUGCGAGAAGGAGCCCCCGUCGACGCUGAUGUGGGCGCGCGCGCGCGUGUACAAGCACGCGGGCCACGCCUCCGCCGCUGCUCGUUGGAUGGAGGAGGCGCGCAAGAUGGACCUCGCCGACCGGUGCGUCUGGUUUGAGCUCGAGCUGGCGGCGUCCUACCUGCGCACGGGCGACUACGGCCGCGCGCUCAAGAACUUCGCGCACGUGGAGCAGCACUUUGCAGACAUUGGCGAGGACCAGUUCGACUUCCACACCUACUGCGUGCGCAAGAUGACCCUCCGCGAGACACGCUGCACGGCCACGCCUUCUACGUGA